CUUUCUUGAGGCGUCCAUCAUCACCACCACUCCAACUGAAUCACAGUACUUUCCUUCUGCAGGAAAUGCCGCUCCGACGACACACGCGGUAGACUCAACACCUCACCGCCGCCGCCACCAUGCGCGCUCUCGUCUCGAUACUCCCCUUCGCCGCCGCUGUGCUGGCAGGCAUCCGCUACCCCUCUGGUCUCGUCGUGCAGAUCCUCUCCGGCCCUGAGUCUUGUGAUCGUCCGACUCGCUCGAAAGAUACCGUCUCCGUCCACUACAGAGGAACACUACAGUCCAACGGCAAGCUCUUUGAUGAGAGCUACAAACGUGGCGAGCCAUUCGAAUUCACCCUAGGAGUUGGUCAGGUCAUUGAAGGAUGGGACAAGGGCUUGUUGGACAUGUGUCCGGGGCAGAAGAGGAGACUGACGAUACCGCCUGAGUUGGGCUAUGGACAGCGUGGCGCUGGUAAUGAUAUUCCACCUGGGGCGACGUUGGUCUUUGAGACGGAGCUGUUGAAGAUUGUCAAAGAAGGCCCGCUCACGGAGCCAACAGACAUGCCUGGUGGGGAGUAUGUUCCGGACGCUGAGCUGGAAGAUGCAAAGCCAGGAACUCCGGGCCAGAAUCAGAGCAGUCACGCUGAGCCUCAGACUUCAGACAAGGCACCCACAGACGGGCCAGAGCCGCAAGCGGAGUGCAACUUGCUAGGCAAGUUCGCGCUUUUCGUGCAAGGCGCCCUGGGUCUGUUGGCUGUGCUUACUUUGGUCUACAAACGAUGGCGGGAAGAGAGCAAGCGGCCUUGGAAGAUCUUCCUCUUCGAUGUGAGCAAGCAGUUGUUGGGCUCCAUGCUUGUGCACGUCAUCAACUUGGCCAUGAGCAUGUUUGGAAGCGUGGACGUGGCCAACGCAGCAGCUACUGUUGCUACACAGGGUGCAGCUGAUGAGAGAAAACCUAAUCCGUGCUCCUACUAUCUCUUGAACCUGGGCAUCGACACCACCAUCGGUGUCCCUGUCCUCUACGUAAUCCUCAAGGUCUUGCACGCUGCCUUUCUUCGCACUCCGCUGGCCAAUCCUCCUGAAUCUAUCAAGUCCGGCCACUACGACAGCCCACCAAAGAUCACCUGGUACUUCAAACAACUCUUCAUCUACUGCAUCGGCCUCUCCUUUAUGAAACUUUUUGUAUUCUUCCUUUUCAUGGCGAUGCCCUUCCUCCCUUGGAUCGGCGACUGGGCUCUCCGCUGGACAGAGGGUAACGAAGCUCUUCAGAUCGUCUUCGCCAUGUUCUUAUUCCCGCUCGCCAUGAACGCUGUGCAGUACUGGAUCAUUGAUAACUUCAUCAUGGACAAGAAGCAGAGUGGCGAGAACGAGCAGAAGUACUCUCGCGUCGGUGACGAUGGUAGUGGCGACUAUGAUGGGGACGAAAGAAGGAGAAUGAUGGGAGGCGAGGACGACGAGGACGAUGAUCUCGACGAGCUAGGCCGAGCAAAGACUCCUGAGGUGCAAGUCGUGAAUCACGGACCUUUGAAGGAGGUGCAGCCUACGCCUGUGGACGGCAGUAGUGGAGAGGGGAGUCGGCGUAGUUCACCGCCACGGUGAUAAGAUGGUGUUUCGAGUAGAAGAUUCUCAUCGGAUGGCGCAAUUUGGUAUGGUGCUCUGAGGCGCAACAGCACUGUUGGAGUUCUCGUAUGUGUAUACUGUAGAUAUCUACGACAGUGAUAUUUGGAUCUUCAGGCCCCUGGGCGCUCCUGAUCAACACCAAGUACCUGGAACAUUCUAGGCAUCUUCACUUUCCGGGUUGAGCAGACCAUUGAGCAGGAUGUAGUCGUGGCUUCGCACCUGGCUUCCGCGCUCACACUCGCGUCGUGUGGACCCGGUCUACAAGCGCUGCUUGUUUGUUUGCCCUUCACGGCACUUGGAUUUCGGAGCCGCCUGACGCGUCCCCGGGUAACG